UUCUAAAAUACUUGCUUGAUUUUUGUCUGUUAUUUCCUUAUAUUAUUCCUCUUAUAUUCUUAAAUGUUUUUACAAAAUUAUUAAACUAUGUCUCCAUAUUUUCUAUUGCCCAUUAUAUGGGUAUUGUCUUUAAGGGUUGCUUUAAUAUCUGCGGAAUGCACAAUUCCUGUAGUUCUAAGGAAUACAUGGUUUUCAUUUGAAAAUGGAAAACAGACUAUUACCGAUAUAAAUGCCAGUGAAAUGACGGGAAGGGGAACUUGUGUCAACAUAAAAGCAGAUUACCAUGUUAAUUAUACAAUGGUAUUUCGUUAUACAACAUGCUUUUAUUGUGUCAAACUUAUAGUACGGACAGUUAAUGUACUGGAGAAGAUAGAAACACCAUGCGUUGGCAUUCCUGAAACUGAAGCAACUGUUGAAAGAGUUUGUAGUGGACUGAAACCAAACCAGCAACUCAUUACACUAUUUUCUGAAAAUUAUGUCCCCGUCAAUUGUCGCUCAUCCCUAGAAGGUGUAUGGCAGUUUGGAUACCAGAAUCGUUUUCGCUUCACUGGGGAAUGUAACCACCCUGACGCACAAAUAAAGUCAUGCCAAACGGCUGGCACACAAUUUCUGAUCACAAAUCAGAAGUUUAACAUCACUUACAGAAAGUGUGAGGGUAUGUCAGGGACAUUCAAUGGUGUUGUUGAAUAUAGUUGUUUAGGACAUUGGUUUGUAGAUAAAAAUCACUUUUUCGCUGUUGCAAACACAAAAGAAUCUCGUAAAGAUGAAAGAUAUCGGUGUUUUUUGAAGAACAGAGAUGACGAUUUAUAUAUAGGCGCUUCUAUAACCCCGGAGUGUAACGCUUUGAAAACAGUUGAAAAAUCUCCAGAGAGAUAUCGAGUUACGCCUGUAAAGGCAGAGGUUGUGGAACCAGGGUGCCGGUUGCCGCAGAAUUUCUCAGGAGAGUGGAUCAAUACUGCAAACAUUGAUGCUGAUGUGUUUAUUAACGAGACACAUAUUAUUGAAACACACUACCCUGAUGAAAGCAGAUACAGGCGCACUAUUUAUGUAUGCAGGGAACAACGCGACAGCAGAGUCAUGAUGGCUCGUCUCACAGUAGAUGGUUGUCAAAAAGAUUACGUAUGCUUUGAUUUCGUCCCGCAACAUCACAAUGUUAUAAGGUACCGCAAAGGUCUAGCGAUGAUUCAAAGCAAUUUUCAUACUGUUUGUUCAUGGGUACAAUUCCCCAACAAACAAAACUGGCGCUACGAUAUCUUUCUCAAAAAAGACCCGUCGCCAAUACGAUGUCCAGUAGCAGGGAAAUUUAAUUUCACACAGAGAGGCGAUGUGAGGUUUGAAACUAGGAUUCUUGGAGGAGUUACGUUGAGUCCCCGACCUAAUCUGUACUGCAAAUUGAACAUCAGCGAUUUCUCAGUAUGUGAUACCGACCAGAAAACAAUACAGAUAAAAGAAAAUUAUUGUCUAUCUGUAGAUUAUUUGGGCAGGCCUGUGGAUAUUUACAGUGAUCCUGACUAUCGCAUGAAAUGUAUUGGAUACUGGAAAGAGAAUUUGAAGUCUUACCUUAUAACUUAUGAUGAAUUGGAUCCUUUCUCCAAAUACAGAUGUUGGGUGUAUCAGAGAGCUGAUCUCAAUAGAGUGCUCAUGUCACAGGCUCUGGGACCAUACUGUGAUCUAAGACAAGAUGUGACAUCUUGGAACUACACAGAGGGUGCUGCAGUUGCCGUAGAAAUGGAAGAAUAUGAAAGAGAACGUGAUCAGUGCCCCAUGCACUUUGACGACGGUAGUGACCCUUGGUCCACCAAAGAGAAUUAUAUAAAAGUAUUUUCAUUUAGUUAUUCAUUUUGGAGAAGUAAUAGUGCUACGACGGUAGAAUUAUGCUUCGGAACAAUCUUUAUGGUAGUUUUUUUAACAUUAAUACAAUAAUACAGUCAAUUUAGGGUUUAAAAAAAAGACACCUUUAAAAAUCAUUGUCACAGCAAUUUUACCAGUAAAGUUGUCAUUUAGGUCUGCAGUGCCUUAUGUAGAAGUGUCUGGAUAUUGGACCUAGUAUGCAUAUGUAGUUUAUACAGUGAUACAUAUUCACAUAUUAUUCGUUAUAAUGUGAUUUUUAUAGUUAGUCUAGCACACUUUUACAUAGUCAUAUUACUCUUUAUUAUAUGUGCCUUAAAUAUAGUGUAAUAUUAUUUGACUGUAAUAGAUAUAGGUUUUUUAUUACGUGUCAAUAAAUAAGUGAAACUCGACAAGUCUCAAAGAAUAUUUCAUAGAAUCUCUGUUUAGAAUUGUGUUCAUUUUUUUUUAUUUUAGGGCAUAUUAUUUUUAAAUAUAUUUUUUUAGAUAUUAUUUGUGCAAAAUGUAAUCGUUUUAAAAUUAUAUAGAUGGAAAAAGAUCUAUUUAGUAUGAACUUACCUAAUCUAUAUAUGUUUCCUUUAAACAAUGUAAAAAAUAUAGAAUUUUACACUUUAUCAUAGUGUCUAAAUGAACCAAGUAGUAUGAUAGAGCAAGUAAUUCAACAACGGUACCUUAAGGUUUAGUGGAAUAAUCACUAAAAAUUAAUUAAUGGUCAACAAAAAAUAUUAUUACGUGUAAUUUGUAAUUAUUUUUUGGUUCACCUGUACAUUAAAAAAAAAAUAAUUAUGUUAAGUAGUAAUUUUACUAUCAAUAAAACUGUCUUAUUUUACGGUAUUUUUUAUACCUAUUUGUUAAGAAGUACUUUAAUUCUUUUUUAUAAUAAGUUUUUAUACUGACUUCUAGAUUAUAUAUUUAAUUCUGCUGUGAAUGACAAGUCCGUCCAUUUUUUUUAUUGUCUAUAUUAUUCAAUAUUUUUAAUUUAGUUGUGAAAUAAGUCCGUCCAGUUCUUUUUUAGU